GGCCGACGUGCACCGAGGACAGGAAGAUGUCACCCAAGCGCAUAGCUAAAAGAAGGUCCCCCCUAGCAGAUGCCAUCCCCAAAAGCAAGAAGGUGAAGGUCUCACACAGGUCCCACAGCACAGAACCCGGCUUGGUGCUGACACUAGGCCAGGGCGAUGUGGGCCAGCUGGGACUGGGUGAGAAUGUGAUGGAGAGGAAGAAGCCAGCCCUGGUAUCCAUUCCAGAGGAUGUUGUGCAGGCUGAGGCUGGGGGCAUGCACACCGUGUGUCUAAGCAAAAGUGGCCAGGUCUAUUCCUUCGGCUGCAAUGAUGAGGGUGCCCUGGGAAGGGACACAUCAGUGAAGGGCUCGGAGAUGAUCCCUGGGAAAGUGGAGCUGCAAGAGAAGGUGGUACAGGUGUCAGCAGGAGACAGUCACACAGCAGCCCUCACGGAGGAUGGCCAUGUCUUCCUCUGAGGCUCCUUCCAGGACAAUAAUGGUGUGAUUGGGCUGUUGGAGCCCAUGAAGAAGAGCAUGGUGCCUGUGCAGGUGCAGCUGGACGUGCCUGUGGUAAAGGUGGCCUCAGGAAAUGACCACUUGGUGAUGCUGACAGCUGAUGGUGACCUCUACACUUUGGGCUGCGGGGAACAGGGCCAGCUAGGCUGUGUGCCUGAGUUAUUUGCCAACCGUGGUGGCCGGCAAAGUCUUGAAUGACUCCUGGUCUCCAAGUGUGUGAUGCUGAAAUCCAGGGGAAGCUGGGGCCACGUGAGAUUCCAGGAUGCCUUUUGUGGUGCCUAUUUCACCUUUGCCAUCUCCCACGAGGGCCACGUGUACGGCUUUGGCCUCUCCAACUACCAUCAGCUUGGAACUCCGGACACAGAAUCUUGCUUCAUACUCCAGAACCUAACAUCCUUCAAGAAUUCCACCAAGUCCUGGGUGGGCUUCUCUGGUGGCCAGCACCAUACAGUCUGCAUGGAUUCAGAAGGAAAAGCAUACAGCCUGGGCCAGGCUGAGUAUGGGCGGCUGGGCCUUGGGGAGGGUGCUGAGGAGAAGAGCAUACCCACCCUCAUCUCCAGGCUGCCUGCUGUCUCUUCAGUGGCUUGUGGGGCCUCUGUGGGGUAUGCUGUGACCAAGGAUGGUUGUGUUUUCGCCUGGGGCAUGGGCACCCACUACCAGCUGGGCACAGGGCAGGAUGAGGACGCCUGGAGCCCUGUGGAGAUGAGGGGCAAACAACUGGAGAACCAUGUGGUCUUAUCUGUGUCCAGCGGGGGCCACCAUACAGUCUUAUUAGUCAAGGACAAGGAACAGAGCUGAUGAAGCCUCUGAGGGCCUGGCUUCUGUCCCACUCAACCUCCCUCACAGAACAGGGAAGCAGUGACAGCUGCAGAUGGCAGCGGGC